AUGCGCCCAGCCUCGGAACCUCAGAGGCUCCUAGUCUUUUGCGAUGGCACCUGGUGCGGACCGGAGACAGACACACGCACAAAUAUACAGAUACUUGCAGGAUUGACAGGCAUUGACAUGAAGAAUCCAAGGGGAUCGCGAGAACUGGAAGACCCGGCUCGAAAACUCCGAGCAAAAUACUUCAAUGGCAUCGGUCUCGGUAGUACCUUCUUCGCGUACCUCUUCAAUGGUGCCACCGCCAACGACAUAGGAACCACUUGCGUCGAGAUAUAUCAAUACAUUGCACAACAUUACCGUGAAGGGACUGAAGUGUGGGUUUUCGGGCUGAGCAGAGGUGCCUACACAGUACGUUGUGUGGUGGGCAUGAUCAACAACUGCGGCAUUGUCAAGAAUCCAUCACGCGACCUCUGUGAUCAGGUCUAUCGCAUUUACUCUUCGCCAUAUGAUGCCGACAAACCUUCUUCAGCUCAGAGUAAAGAGUUCAGAGAGAAAGCCAGUUGGAACGUUGCGACACCAGUCAAGUUCAUGGGUUUAUUGGAUACUGUCGGUAGCAUCGGCAUUCCAUCCCUGGACGCUGGUAACGGACCUUCCUACCCUACACUAUGGGAUCAAGUCGUCUCGAGCAGUGUCGACAAAGUCUAUCACGCCUGCUGUCUUCACGAUCGCCUUUCGUUGUUCCAGCCAUGUCUCACAAAGCGUGACAGAGAUAACAGCAAGGCUACGCCCACGAUACAUGAGACAUGGUUUCCAGGCUGUCACUACGAUGUCGGACGUCAGCGCUUCAAGUUCUUACGCCGCAGAGCCGUCGACCCGCUGGAGAGACUUCUCUCUGUGAUCCCGAACUUGCUCUCCGGCACACUCGAGCCCAAUGAUGUACUCGCGGAUGUAGUUCUACGUUGGAUGUUGCAGGCCAUCAACACUGAGAUGCCGACACAAACAGCAAUUCGCGACAUUGAAACACACAUCGAGAGACUUGAGCUUCGAAUUAAAUCUGGUGCUGACAGCAUCGGCUCUGGCGAUGUCUAUUCACCGCAAAAAUCUCUCCUCUACGCUCCCUUUGGCAGGAUCAUCUCGCUUCUGCCUCAACCGCGCGUGGUCUAUGAUGCUAUUGCUGUACUCAUGGCUCUACGCGAUCGUCGCAUUCCGGAUGAGAGUGCACACGUAUUUCCGUUUGAGGAAAGCUUCGAGGGUGGUAAGAGGAGCAUUGAAGAGUUGGGCAAAGUGACGAAAGAGAGAUACCCUAGUCGAACUUAUGAGAGUUGGCAAGCUUGGAGUGCAUACUUCCCACAAAAGGAUGAUCCAGCAUUCAACAAUGGCGAUUUCCAGGGAAAUGGAAAGACUGCACGUGUUGAUGAGGAACAAUUGGGCGAGAGUGAGCAGUGA